ACCGCUCAAACCAGUACAACUAAUAGCGAUAUAUAUUCAUAAAAUGGCUGACGAAGUUGUUGACGAGACCCAAAGUGGCGGAUUUUUCUCAAAUCUUCUGUCAGAAUUGAUUGGAAGCCCUCUUAAUCUUUUGCUUCUUGCAAUAUGUCUAUUUUUAUUGUACAAAAUAAUUGGGGGAAGACGUGAUACUACACCCUCGGCGCCGAAGCCGCAGAUUCCCCGUUUGAAGAAAAAAGAUUUUACACUUGAACAAUUGAAAGAAUAUGAUGGCAGAGGUCAAGAUGGAAGAAUAUUGAUAGCUGUUAACUUCAAAGUUUUUGAUGUAACACGAGGCAAACGGUUUUAUGGACCAGAUGGUGCCUAUGGAGUAUUUGCAGGUAGAGAUGCAUCAAGAGGUCUUGGUACGUUCUCACUUAAUGAGGAGGCUCUAAAGGAUGAAUAUGAUGAUCUGUCAGAUCUCAAUCUAGAACAAAUGGAAAGAGUCAAAGAAUGGGAGAUGCAAUUUACAGAGAAAUAUGAUUAUGUUGGACGGUUACUAAAGCCUGGAGAGACACCAAGAGAAUAUUCCGAUACAGAAGAUGAACAUUCAGAAGACAAGAGCACAGAAGAGAAAAAGAAAGACUAGUUUGUUUUUGUUAAGUUGUUGACUGGUGCUAUCUGCCAUGUUUAAGCCAACUAAUCUGUCUGGACCACAUUGACAUGUAAUAAAUCCAAAUUAGUGCUGUCCUUUUUAUAGUAGUCCUGAAUCAUUAGCACUUAAUCCAAAAAUGUUGUUGUUUAUAUGUUAUGUCCAAGACAUAAAGGUCUUUUAGAAUAAUGUGAUUUAAACAUGUUGACGCUAAAGCGUUAGAUUAACAAUGAUUCAUGAUUUAGAUAUCUUGACCAUAUCAAGGAUUUACAUACAUAGUUUUUGUGGUCAGUUGUUGCAACUUAAAUGAAAGAAAAGUAUUUAUUAAAAAUCUUGUACACGAUUGUCAAACUGCUUUUAGUCUUAUUUUAAUUUUUUUUUUUACUUUUUCAUAUUGUAUAAAUGUAUAUGCUAUUUAUAUUAAAUGAGUAUUACAUGUA